AUGUCCAAAUCAAAGAUUGAUGACCUUGGAUUUCUGGAACUAUCACCGGGCAUUGAUCCUGUUGUCGAUAUUGUCGCUAUUCAUGGUCUAGAUGGUCACAGAGAAAAGACAUGGACAACAGACGACGGGAUCCUGUGGCUGCGGGAUCUCUUGCCUUCCAACUUGCCCAACUCCCGAAUCCUCAGCUAUGGCUACGACGCCGAUACUCAGAGUAAGGAAUGCGUAUCCACUCAGACAAUGCGUCGACAUGCCGAAGGACUGGCUCAAGCCCUUUCGAGGCAACGGAAGCACGCACCUCGACGUCCUAUCAUCUUCGUUGCGCACAACUUAGGAGGCAUCAUCCUUAAAUGGGCCCUCGUGAUCUGUCACAACCAAAACCUGGAGUCAAAGGGCGAUCUACGAGACAUCUUGGUCUCUACACAUGCAAUCCUUUUCUUUGGGACCCCUCACUCUGGCCUCGAGGGCACAACGCUCAUGACAGCGAUCAGCCGCUUCGCUUCAAUGUACAGGAAAACGACAAAUGUUCUCCUCAAGGAUCUUGAGAAUCACUCGUCUGAACUCGAGACCGUCCAGAGUCUGUAUGUCGCUGCGAGCGAGAAGAUCAACAGUAUAUUCUUUUGUGAAGAAUACGAGACACCUGCGGAAAGAAAGAGGAGGAAAUUGAAUGUUCCUCAUCACGCUGCCGUCAUCGCUGGUGAUCGGAACGCGACGAUAAUCGUCCUGCAUGCUAACCAUGAAGCCCUGGUCAGGUUCCAUGCAGCAGAUAGCGAGAACUAUCGCACUGUUCUCCACUAUCUCAAGGACUUUUUUGACGGUGCGGCUACCGCUGUCAACGAGAAGUCGGUUAGAGAGGACAAUUGUCGAAGCGCGGCGAAGGCAGAGUCUGUCGCCCAAGAGGUCGUGCAGCCAAAGUCCUUGCCACCAGUGUCGAUAAGCUACGUCGAGCGGCCAGUGCUCCAGUCUCUCAUCACACAAAAGCUGCUUCCAGGCAGUGAUGUGCGCCACCAACGACGAUGUGUUCUACACGGACUCGGAGGGGCUGGGAAAACUCAGCUUGCGACGAUGUGGAUUCGGGAGAAUCAUACCAGUUUCAGUCGGGUAAUUUUUGUCGAUGCAUCUGAUGAAAUCCGACUGAAAGCGGAUUUGGAGCAAUCGAUUCGCUCAUUGGGUUCCGAAUACGGCAAGAUGUCAUGGAAGGAUGCAGUGUCCCACCUCGAUGGCAACGAAAAGGGAUGGUUACUAUAUAUCGACAACGCAGACUUACCCGACCUCAACCUUGACCCAUAUCUACCCUGUUCUCCUCACGGAUCGAUCAUCAUCACAACGAGAAAUGAAGAUAUCGCAGGUCACGCUCCUAAUGGAGCGAUUUCUGUUGGUAAACUUGAGGAAGACGAGGCAGUGGAGCUCCUUCAUACAACUGCCAACAUGAAACCUACAUCUAGCACCCAAUCUGUCGAGAUUGUAAAGGAACUAGGAAUGUUGGCACUGGCAAUCACGCAGGCGGGAGCAUAUAUCCGCCGUACACGCCGGCUGGAAGCUUAUCUCUCCACAUUCCGCAAGCAUAGAACGGAAUUGAUGCGCAAGGAGCCAGGAACAGGAAUACACUACAAAUCAUCGACAUACAGCGCGUUCGACCUGUCCUUUCGCCGCCUACCGACGAAGACUCAGGAAUUCAUGAAGUUAUGCGCAUUUCUUCACCACUCAUUCAUUCCAUCCAAACUAUUUGAGCAAUCGAUUAUAUCAGGUUUUGCCACACCUAUCAUUCGGAAGAGCUUCCCUCCUCCGGAGAGUGACAAAGCUUGUAUUUCAAGAUUGGAAGGAUUAUUAGGCUUGGAAUGGAAUGAGAUUUCGUUCCAGGAAAUCAUAGAUUCAGCAUCCCGCGCGUCGUUGAUCAGCGUUUCGACCGAUGGCUUAUCUUACACUGUCCAUCCUCUCCUUCAGACGUAUAUUAAAGAUGGACUGAACGAACAGGAGAACCAUACAUAUAUAAGUAUAACAGCACAAUUCUUACUCGGUGCAAUGAAAAGCGGCAAGUUGCAACUUUGGCAACUACUUCCCCAUAUCAAUAGCAUCCCCCGAUCUGUUCAGUCGGAGGAUAUCUCCCACGCAUUGGCCUUCCACCGCUUCUAUAAGUCUUUAACAGACUGGGCGGCAUGUCGAGAGCUACUAGAGCCGGCACUUUCCAAGGUUGUGGCUACUCGAGGCCAAAGAGAUGCAGAUUCGCUAUGGCUGACCCAAAUUCUCGCUCAGACACUAUGCAGGCUUGGUCAAUUGGAGAUGGCGGAAAGAAUGCAGCGAGAAAUACUUGACUCGUUGGUCGAAACUUUCGGAAGGGGUCACCUUGACACGAUCUGGGGAAUGGAAAGCCUCGCAACCACACUGCAUGAGUGUGGCCAAUUGGAGGAGGCGGAGAAGAUGCAACGAGAGGCACUCUCUUUGCGAGUAGGGAUCCUCGGAGGACGACACCUAGACACGCUUCAGACAAUGGAUGCUCUCGCAAGCACAUUGUAUACACGUGGACAAUUGGAGGAGGCGGAGAAGAUAGAGAGAGAGGUUCUGGCUCUGCGGCUCGAGAUACUGGGGCGAAAGCAUCCAAGCACCAUGGAGAUACUUUUUAACCUUGCAGCCACAUUGUUUAGGCGUGGUCAGUUGGAGGAGGCGGAGGAGAUAGAGCGAGAGAUAGUCUCUCUGUCACUUGAAAUCUUUGGAAAACGGCAUCCAGAGGCAAUUGAUUCGAAGGAAACUCUUGCACUCACGCUGGAGAGUCGGGGUCAGCUGGAGGAAGCGGAGAAGAUACAGCGAGAGGUGCUCGCUCUGCGGCUCGAGGUCGUCGGCGAGCGGCAUCUGGAUACAAUCAAGGCAAUGAACGACCUCGCAAUCACUCUGGGUGAGCGUGGUCAGCUGGAGGAAGCGGAGAAGAUACAGCGAGAGGUGCUCGCUCUGCGGCUCGAGGUCGUCGGCGAGCGGCAUCUGGAUACAAUCAUGGCAAUGGGCAGCCUCGCAGGCACUCUGCGUAAGCGUGGCCAGCUGGAGGAAGCGGAGAAGAUACAGCGAGAGGUGCUCGCUCUGCGGCUCGAGGUCGUCGGCGAGCGGCAUCUGGAUACAAUCAUGGCAAUGAGCAACCUCGCACUUACUCUGGGUGAGCGUGGUCAGCUGGAGGAAGCGGAGAAGAUACAAGAGGUGCUCGCUCUGCGGCUCGAGGUCGUCGGCGAGCGGCAUCUGGAUACAAUCUGGGCAAUGAACGAACUCGCAAUCACUCUGCGUAACCGUGGUCAGCUGGAGGAAGCGGAGAAGAUACAGCGAGAGGUGCUCGCUCUGCGGCUCGAGGUCGUCGGCGAGCGGCAUCUGGAUACAAUCAAGGCAAUGAACGACCUCGCAAUCACUCUGGGUGAGCGUGGUCAGCUGGAGGAAGCGGAGAAGAUACAGCGAGAGGUGCUCGCUCUGCGGCUCGAGGUCGUCGGCGAGCGACAUCUGGAUACAAUCAUGGCAAUGAGCAACCUCGCACUUACUCUGGGUGAGCGUGGUCAGCUGGAGGAAGCGGAGAAGAUACAGCGAGAGGUGCUCGCUCUGCGGCUCGAGGUCGUCGGCGAGCGGCAUCUGGAUACAAUCUGGGCAAUGGGCAGCCUCGCAGGCACUCUGCGUAACCGUGGUCAGCUGAAGGAGGCGGAGAAGAUACAGCGAGAGGUGCUCGCUCUGCGGCUUGAGGUCGUCGGCGAGCGGCAUCUGGAUACAAUCUGGGCAAUGAGCAGCCUCGCGGGCACUCUGCAUAAGCGUAGCCAGCUGGAGGAAGCGGAGAACAUAGAGCGAGAGGUACUCGCUCUGCGGCUCGAGGUCGUCGGCGAGCGGCAUCUGGAUACAAUCAUGGCAAUGAACAACCUCGCAAUCACUCAGGGUGAGCAUGGUCAGCUGAAGGAGGCGGAGAAGAUACAGCGCGAGGUACUCGCUCUGCGGCUCGAGAUCCUCGGACGUCAACAUCCAGAUACACUCUCAGCUAUGAGCAGCCUCGCAUGUACUCUCUUUGAUUGUGGUCAAUUGGACGAAGCGGAGAAGAUGGAGCAAGAGGUGCUCGCUCUACGACUCGAUAUCCUUGGAAGACGACACCCAGACUCGAUUAGGGCAAUGUACAACCGCGCCGUUACCUUGUAUGCUCGUGGCCAGUUUGAAGACGUCAUACAGCUUGUUCGACCCACCAUGGAUCUGCAAGACCAGAUUCUUGACAAAGAUCAUCCCGACAUUUCUAAGUUGGAGAAACUUUAUAUGGACGCUAUGUCCAUGCAAUCUCGUAACUGUUCAUAG